AUGGUGCUUCUGGACGCGGACGCCGCUCUCGUGAGGCAUAGCGUGAACAUUUUGGGGGGCAUUGCCCAACAGAUGCACGAUCAGAACGUGGAUGUGUUCCUCACCAACGAAGACUGGCUGAAGAACGGAAAGGAGCGGAUCAACGGCGGUGUGAUCAUGGCCAGGAACACAAAGUGGGCGGAAGACAUGUUCCAGGACACCUUCGACGCCCACCGCCUUGGUCCAGAAACGCCAAAGAACUGGCGCAUCGGGAAGACGGGCGUCCUGUGCAUGAGCAACGAGCAGAUUUGUCUUAACGACCUGUAUUUCGGCAACGGGCACAAGCUCGUUCAUGGGCACAUGGCUUUUGAGAGCGGCAUCGUGUACAACCGUGGCGGCUGCACCUUGAGACAUUGCUUCGAGCAAAUUUCCGACAAGUCCAUGGAGGAUCUGCGAUUCGACGAUGAGCGGCUGCAGAUUGUUCACUUCAUGGGUGGCAGCAAGGGCUUUGCUCCGGCGGUGCUCUGCGAGGAGGGCCGCAACUUUACUGGCGAGGGCCCCGAGGGCUACGGCUGCCGAAAGUGA